ACUACGCCCGUCGAUUGCCCGUCUACGGUACGGUUUCGUACGGGUUGGCACACCAGCACCAGCACCCUACCAUUUUAGGGAUCGAAACCUUGAAGGGAAAGGCCACGUGAUAAAGAUUUUCUUGAGGGCAGGGUCUGAGAUCUGAGGACUUUUUUUGAGUCCCGCUCUCUACACUCGCACCAGUACGGACAACCCCUCGAAGCCCUAGAGUUACUCGGUCUUGCUAGUAUUACACAAUAAUCGCGAUCGCUAGGACUCAAAUCAUUUGGGAAGAUGGCUGUAAUCCCACCUGGAGCCCAAGGAGUCCCCGAAACCCCAGCCUCCUGGCAGUAUGGCUCUGGUCGCAUUGAUUACCACCUGUACAGUGUGCAGUCUGUUCAUCUUAUGGAGAAGAGCCGAUGCUGCUCCUGCUGUGGUUUCCCAUCGUCUGAAAACGCUUAGGAGACCGGAAGGGCGAAUACGGUUGAGUGAGGACGACGAACUUCCAGCCCAUGGACCCCCAUACAUGACGAUGCAGACGAAGACGAGCUCGACGAUAGAGACGACGAGCCCUUGACCGAACGACCAUCACCGAAAGUUUCGCCUUCAGCAACGGCGAGUAAUGGAAGUCGGCCUUGAUUUCAUUGCAUUCUUUGUGCUUGGUUGAUCUGGCUUGAUACAAGUCUUGAUCUAUUAUUCGGCCGGAAAGACGUUGUGUAUUUAUUUAUGGACAGUCUAUCAUGAGAAUUGCUGCUAAUAAUAGCGGUGAUUGGAAUUUCUUUCCUGGAGCUUUUUGAAGACAAAAGCAUGCAAAGAAUGGGUUUAGGGUGAACAUCCAGACGAACUCGCACUACACGAGUAAAUUCAUGGAAGCGAUCAACUACGCCGAUUACGAUUGUCUUCCAGAACAGUUCCUCCCGCCUUAUGCAUGUCUGAUUUCUUGAUGUCGCCUCCUAUAUAUCCGUCUUCGGCAUGAUCAUGACUGAACCUUUGACGGCGGCCUUGAAGUCAGAAGGACCGAGAUUUCUCCAACUCUGAGCAACUCGCAAAGUCCGGCUACCUCCAAGUUCCCCAUCGACCAUGGCGUGGACCACCACAAGGCUUCUUCCAUACCUUCUAUUCGCCGCUUUCGUUCUCAAAGUGCAAGGAUUGGGUCAACCAACAUGUGUCGUCUUUCAACCAUCUGAUUCGAGUUUCCCCGUCGUCAGCAAUGGCAAUUCCGCACCUAUCCUUCUUUCAUCGGAUGAUUGGCCUGGGGUUCACCGCACCGCGUCAGACUUUGCCGCAGACAUAGAACGCGUUACUGGAGUAAUGCCUCAGCUGGUAAACAUCACUUCAAGCGACCAGGUCCCCAAUUCUUCCAAACCGAUCAUUGUCGGCACCCUUGGCAGGUCUUCGCUUAUUGACCAGGUAGUCAAUGCAACAAAGCUGAACGUGUCGUCUAUCGAGGGAUUAUGGGAGGCGUUCCUUACAACGGAAGUCUCGAAUCCGCUACCUGGUGUUGAGAGCGCGUUUGUCGUCAUCGGUUCAAAUAAAAGAGGAACAAUCUUUGGGAUGUAUGACCUCUCUGAGCAGUUUGGCGUUUCACCUUGGUAUUGGUGGGCAGACGUCCCGACAACAAAACAUGACGAACUAUUUCUGACACCCUCUGGGUGUUCACACGGACCACCAACGGUACAGUACCGUGGAAUUUUCUUGAACGACGAGCAACCUACUCUACAAAACUGGGCGAUGGAAAAGUUCACGAACGGGACUGGCUCGUUUUAUUUCAACUCUCCGUUCAAUCACCUAUUCUAUGGGAAACUAUUUGAGCUCCUAUUACGGAUGAAAGGGAACUACAUUUGGCCGGCUAUGUGGGGAAGCGCGUUUGCUAUUGAUGACACGCAAAAUCAACCUCUUGCGGAUUACUACGGCGUUGUGAUGGGCACCAGUCACCAAGAGCCUAUCAUGCGCAGCACCCCGAAUGAAUUUAAUAAGUUCAGCACAGGGCCUUGGAACUAUCAUACCAACAAGGAUAAUAUCUACAAGUACUGGGUGGAAGGGGCAGAACGUGCAAAACCAUACGAAUCAGUUUUUACUAUUGGAAUGAGAGGGGCUGGCGAUUUGCCUCUUGAACAACAAGGCCAAAAUAUCGCAUUCUUAGAAGGAAUCAUGGCAGACCAAAAACAACUGCUCACCGACGUCUUCAACGGGACCAACAUAUCUACUAUUCCACAGGUUUGGGUCCUUUAUACAGAAGUGGAGGGGUAUUAUAUCGGGGGCUUGAGAGUGGAUGAUUAUGUUACUCUAUUAUGGCCCGAUGACAAUUGGGGAAACGUUCAUCGUUAUCCCACAUUAGACGAACGUACUCGGUCUGGUGGUGCUGGUGUUUAUUAUCAUGUGGAUUUCGUCGGUCCUCCAAGGAAUUAUAAAUGGAUAACCAGCAGUCAAAUACCGAAGAUCUACGAACAGAUGUCCCUCGCUGUUGACCGUAACGCUACCCGCGUUUGGGUUCUUAACGUCGGUGAUCUCAAACCUUACGAACGAGAAACCGAGUUCUUCCUGACGUUGGGAUGGAAUUCCUCGAGAUGGAACCCAGAUAAUGUCCACAGCUUUGUUACAUCUUGGGCCCAACGAGAAUUCAAUAUCGACAGCACUAGUGCAGAAUCAAUAACAGAAAUCGUAGGGAACUUGACCAGGUUCAAUGCGAGGAGGAAACCUGAGUUACUCAACUCGACAACAUAUAGCUUGGUCAACUAUCGAGAGGCGGAGAGUGUCAUCGAUGCAUGGGACAAGCUUGUUGAUGCAUCAACAGCAUUCUACAACAAACUGCCCUCCGAGACACAACCCUCAUUUUUCCAACUCGUACACCAUCCGGUGUUGGCAAGCAGCAAUUUUGGAAAACUGUACAUCUAUGCGGGCAUGAACAACUUACGAGCAUCUCAAGCCAGAUUAAGCGCCAACGCGUUAGGUGACCAAGUCGAGGAGCUCUUUGAGAAGGAUUUCGACCUCGAGACUCAGUAUCAUACGAUGCUCGAUGGAAAAUGGGAUCACAUGAUGGACCAGACGCACCUGGGAUACGUAUACUUCCAACAACCGAUGACCAACGUGAUGCCGCAGAUUACGAAAGUCCAGAAGAGAAAAGAAGCCCUUGCAGGGGUCAUGAGGAUCUCGCCAGAAGGGUCCUUUGGCGCAUGGCCUGGAGACAACAAGUUCCAAUGCAGUGAUGGAUACAAUUGCCCACCACCAUCCAUGUCAUUAGAUGCGUUCGACCCUAUUCAAGACCGCUAUGUCGACGUUGGCGCCGGUGGCCCGACUCCGUUUGAUUUCACGGUGUCCGCUAAUGUCACCUGGCUCAAGAUUUCCGAUACUUCAGGCUCCAUAUCCCUUGACAAUACCGAAAAGCGAAUCUUCGUGUCGGUAGCAGAUUGGAGUAAACUUAAGACGGGGCCGAAUGCGGCCUUGAUCAAGUUUACCGCUAAAGAUUCGGUUGUUCAGCUCACUUUCACUGCGAUAAACACGAGGAGCACCUUACCAUCAACCUUCAAAGGCUUCGUGGAAGGUGGUGGCCUCAUUUCCAUUGAGGCUGCCCAUACGGCUCGGAACACGUCAGUAGAUGGGCUUUUAUGGCACAAUUUACCUGGAAUUGGACGCACGGUAUCUGGAAUUACGCCUUGGCCGCGUGGAGGAUCAGAGGUGAAUUUCACUGCUGGAACUGGGCCUUGGGUUGAAUACGACCUUUACAACUUCAACCCAACCAAUAUGACUGUCGUAACUUUCAUAUCGCCCUCGUUGAAUGCCAAUGGUCCAGAUCGCCCGCUUGCAUUCGCCAUGCAACUUGACGACAAGGCCAUACAGUCUUCGUAUUACAUGCCCUUUGGAGACCCUGGAGCGGAGCCAGCAGGGUGGGACGGCCCCGACGGAUUUGUGGCCAAUUCGAUUGUUACCGCCAACUUGACUUGGAGUGGUGUCAGCGCCGGAAAGCACACUUUGAAGCUUUUCAUGAUUGAACCCGCCGUUAUUGUUCAGAAGAUUGUUAUUGAUACCGGUGGUAUGAAAUCUAGUUAUCUUGGGCCUCCUGAAAGUAUGUUAGUCUAA